CGCGGUCGAAGUACAACUCAAGUCUGAAACGGAAUCGAGUAUUGUUGUUAAAUAUGGCGGUCGUUCAAAGAAAAAGGGACGGUGGGCCAAACUUGAAAUUUUACGAAUCCUCGGAAACUAUCGCGCUGUUUGACGCUGUUAGAGUAUGGCUCCACAAAAACUGCAAAAAGUACACGCAAGCCGAACCACCUACGAACAAGGGGUUGUCAAGCUUGGUUAUCCAGCUGAUUCAGUUUCAAGAAGAUGCUUUCGGGAGAAGUGUGAGCAAGCCGCCGCUGACACGGCUCCCGAUGAAAUGCUUUAUGGACUUUAAACCUGGAGGUGCACUUUGCCACAUCUUUGCUGCUGUCUACAAAUUCAAGAGCGAGCAGGGAUGGCGCAGGUUUGACUUCCAGUCCCCAUCACGCAUGGACCGCAAUGUGGAGAUGUUCAUGACAGUGGAGAAAACCCUGGUGCAAAACAAGUGCUUGUCUCUGCCUCACAUUUAUAUAUCCUCUGAGGUGGAGAAGCAGUUGGUGUCGCGCCUGAAGGACAUUAUCAAAAGGCACCAGGGCACUAUUGCAGAGUCCCCUGAUGAUGCCACCCACAUAGUCUACCCACCCGUGCCCACGACGGAUACCUCUGAAGAAUACGUGCGCUUGGUGAUGAAGCGGGAUCGGAGUGCUCUCAUCCACUGGUGGUAUUUUCCCGACAGCUUUGACACCUGGGUGUCUGGUCUGGACAUAGACAUGGAGCCUGACUCACCUCAAACACACACUGGACCGUAUGAGGUCAAUGCCAAGUGGCUUGUAGAUUUAGACGAGUACAACGAAUGGAUGAAUGAGGAAGAUUAUGAGGUUGAGACAGACGCCAUGGGUCGCAGGCGGUCUCCCAGGGGAAAGUACACUUUGGAUGAGCUGCUCUCUGGAGAAGGAGAGAAACGCGACCGAAAAGGCAUCAAGAAACGAAAGAGGUCUCCAUCCCCUCCCCUGGACAAGCGGAAGCGCAAGGGAGGGCGCAGCCCGGCUAUGGGUAAAAAACGCUCAUUCCGCGAUGACGAAUCCGACGACCUGACUAAAGACAUGGAGGAGCCCUCCCCCGAGCCCAGUCUUCAGGAGGUCUCCAUUCCCCGAAGUAACCCAAAUCAACGUAGCAGCAAGGACAGUGAGCUGCAGCCGGUCAAAGGAGGCACCCUUAUAGACCUGGAUGGGGCCGACAUGGAUGACAAGGGUGACCGAGACAAAGGCUCACGACCAGGCAGCCCCAAUGGCGUAGGCAAGAGUGAAAAGGCCGAAGCUCAUGACGACAAUGUAACCGAACAGGCCAACCACAUCAUCAUUCCCAGCUAUGCAGCCUGGUUUGAUUACAAUAGUAUUCAUGCCAUUGAAAGGCGUGCCCUACCAGAGUUUUUCAACGCCAAGAACAAAUCCAAGACGCCCGAAGUCUAUAUCGCAUACCGCAACUUCAUGAUCGACACGUACCGGCUCAAUCCAACGGAGUAUCUGACGGUGACCGCGUGCCGGAGGAAUCUGGCAGGAGAUGUUUGUGCCAUUAUGAGGGUUCACGCAUUCCUGGAGCAGUGGGGUCUGGUGAACUACCAGGUCGAUGCAGAGAGCCGCCCGAGCCCCAUGGGUCCUCCAUCAACAUCACACUUCCACGUGCUGGCUGACACCCCCUCAGGACUGCAGCCGCUCAACCCUCCCAGGACUCAACAGCCUUCAGCAGCGCAGCAGAUGCUGAACCUGGAUAAGGCCAAGGAGGAGGGUGGCGGUGGCAAGGACGAAGGAGGUGGUAUCCCAGCCCGUGGUGGCGCUGCAAAUGCCACGACCAUCGGGGGUGAUGCCCUAGGCCUCAAGAUGGACCAGUAUGCCAAGAAGCAGGCGUACCUGCGCCACAAGGCGGCCGCCACGGUGUCGCGCGAGUGGACUGAGCAGGAGACCCUGCUGCUGCUGGAGGCCCUGGAGAUGUACCGCGAGGACUGGAACAAGGUGUGCGAGCACGUGGGCAGCCGCACCCAGGAUGAGUGCAUCCUGCACUUCCUCAGGCUGCCCAUCGAGGACCCCUACCUGGACGACCCCGCCGCAGGAGGAGGCGCCCUGGGACCCUUGGCCUUCCAACCAAUUCCUUUCUCCAAGGCGGGCAACCCCAUUAUGUCUACUGUUGCUUUCCUGGCUUCGGUGGUUGAUCCUCGUGUGGCGUCUUCGGCAGCCAAGGCAGCAAUGGAGGAAUUUGCCAAGAUCAAGGAUGAGGUUCCCUCGGCCCUUCUGGAUGCACACAUCAAGAACGUUGAGACUGCAGCGGCGGAGGGCAAUGUCAACCCUAAGGCAGGCCUAGGCAUGACUGGCAUUGCAGGCACAGGUGACAAGGAGCCGCAGGAGGGCAC